UAAUAUUUAGGUUGAUUCGUGCGUCCUUGAUGUUUACUGAACAAUCAACUCCUGAAUGCGUUGUUCGGAUUUGAGACUUUUCCGAAUUUUUGUCUUGUGCGGAAUAGAAAAUUGGUCUCAAUGCGUCGCUAUCCCCUACAGAUCGAAUAAGGGUGGGUCAAUUCAUAUCGGUUCAAGAUAAGGUCGGGUGAACCAACACAACAUCAGCGUCGUCAGCUUUGGCCUCUCCUGACUGGGUCCUGAUUCUACACAUUCUGCGCUUCUAAGAUCAAUGCCUCUUGUCAGGUAGUGUAUUGAUAUCAAUACCUUGAUUACCCAGCAAGCUAGGUACUAUGUCGGCGAAUUGCGCUUGCUUCGCUAGUUUUUCGCCAGCAAGAGAAUGGUCACAUGAGUGACAAACUAUCUUGCCGAUCACGUGACUCUACUUUGCAAAACCGCGAUUAACGCCAUGGCAUGCAUCACAAUACCUAUCUCCUUGCAGUUACCUACUUUGUGUACCUACCUAGGUAGUUAUCUACCUUUGUACCUCCUCAGGAGUUCCAUGAUCGCAAGGAAACGCAGUGUUGCAUUGGAAGCUCCGAAGAAGAACUGGUCUUUGUCACUUGGCUCUUGAACAGAGAUUGAUCACAAUUUAGCCACCAACCCCUCAAAGAAACAACGCUUAGUUGUAUUUCGAUUGAUGAGGAAACAUGCAGCGAUAGGCAGCAGACCUGGAGAAACACAACAUUGUUCCAUCAUGACUUACCAACUAGGUACCUAGUGAAAAUAACACAACUGACUUUCAUUAAAACCGACUCAACGCUAUUUUUGCACUGGAAGCUGUCGUAACUGCCUAAAGGCUUUGCACUGCACUGCACAGAGUCGCUUUGGUCUCAUGGCCCAACGCACCUACCUACCUGAUGGAGGCACCAACAUGGCUGUCUCUUGCGCUUUCCCAUAUGGCUCUUGCCUAGGUUAGGUACCUGGGUAGAAACCUUGGGUGGUAGCUGCUCAUUGCUCUCCAGAAUAGUAGCCCGCAGCUUGACAGACAAAGUCGUAACAGUUUUCUCUCUCAGAACUUGUUAUCUUGCUCGACUUGUUGAAUCGCCACUCGAGACAAUCACACAAUACAAAAUCCUUCUCUUCAUCUUUGCGUGGCAUUGCACACCGCUUUCUGGUUUUCGUUAGACCCCAAAUACUCGGCAUGCAAUAUGCCCUGCCUUCCCCUGCCCACCGAGCUGUGGCUCGCAAUCCUGGAGCCUUUGGCCCGGGAGAUCAUCACCGCCAAGCGCAGUAGCCGCUUCCUCAGGCCCGGCUAUGGCGCUCUGGCUUCCGUAUGCCGCCAUUGGCAACUUAUUUUCGAGCCCAGGAUCUUCGAGCACCUGACACUGAGAGUGGCAGACGUUCAAUGCCUCAAUCUUGCUGUCCGGGAACGCCGCAGACACCUAGUCAAACACAUCUGGUUCAUUGUCGAAUUUCCCAUGUACUCUUGUUAUGAUUACGAGCUCGACCGCCAGGCCCCUCUCGAUAAUGUUCCUUCGGACUGCUUCUGGAAUGGGAUCAGCUGCCUUUUCCGGGAAUUGAGCAUGUGGGGUGCACCCUACGCUCGUGGCGACACAGGAAUCACUCUCGAGCUCAGCAUGUGGUCGCCAAGCGACAACAUGUAUUCCUUCCAGGAUAUCGACUUCGGCGAAGGGGAUUGUCUGGACCCAUUUCCAGACGUUGAGGAAGACUUUCAACGACACGCGUCAUUCCUGCACGCGCCAUAUCAUGGCUGGGUCCAAGGCUCGAGAUUCCGGUCAGCCACAACGAUGGAGUGGCAAAGGAUACGACAUUUCAUCCAUUUGCGGGAAGAGGACGACAUGGACAUGCCCAGUGUUGUCGCAGUGACCAGCCUCCUCCUUCGGCGGCAGACCAGAGCAGAUUUACACAAGAGCGCGUACGAGGCUAUCUGCGCAAGCCUGCCGAACCUAGCUCAAGUCCACUUGGAAAUGUGGCAGGAGUGGGAAGAACCAAGAAUCAAGGACAAGACUCGGGACCUACGAUCUAUGCUCGAAACGGCCUUCCCGCGCAGCAUCGAGCGAGUGACGUUGCUAUAUGACACCAGCGAAGCAAUACGUGGGGAGUAUCAGCAUGAUAUCACCAUCUCACACCAAAAGUUGCGCAACGAGCUGGCAUUUCAACUUCUUUACUUUAGCCUUUCCCUCAAAAGGUUUACUUGCUCUUUUGUUCUCACUGCUGACGAGUUUUUUGAUCACUAUCUUUACUCGACCCACUUCUACGAUCAACCUUUGAGCGCUAGACAAGCCAGAAUGUCUAGUAAAAUUAAAUGGCCAUAUUUGCAGCAGAUCACCAUGACUUCACCUAGCCUGCAACCAGGAGUCCCCGCCUCCAAUAUCACACAGCUUGUUUAUUCUGCAGGGCUAGCAGCACUCGACAUGCUCCAUAUGAGAAAAUUUCAAUUAUGGCACGUUGGCAACGACCAUGCAUCACUUUUGAGCUUCGAGGUUGGAGCGGACCAAUGCCUCACGAUCCAUUAGAAAGGGACCUGGGACAUGCAUCAGCAUGCGCUCGGCGAGACUUCGUGGUCCUGGGAAACCGAUUUGGACAACGUUGAGCCUUUCCCAUAUGUUCCCAUCAACCCUUGGCUUGAAUUUAACACCGAUGUGCUCUAUUGCGAAGAGCCGAUUCGGUACAAGACGACAAGUAUCGAUAGAAAUCGGAUCAAGUGCCGCGCGGAUGCCAUAUACUUUUUGGGCCUGGGUCCCGAAGUUGUGCGUCCAAUCUCGCUACAUCAGAUGCGCCGCGAAGGCAGGACGUACGCGAAUGUAUAAUUGGUGCUUAAAUAAAUCGCAAGGGGGAGACAUUUUAAUGGACGCGGAGGGAUGGAGCCUUUUCUGUUCAGUAUUGUCAAAACUGCCGAUUUCACAUCAAACUGGAACAUCUUUGAUUUGCCCAUCCUGUUCAUCAUCACCGCAGGCGGUUCAUUGCUACGAAAGAAGUUACAUUUAGCCAACUACUUACCUAUCGCCACUGAAUUUGAGAGUUUGCUUACCAGGGAUAGUGUUCAUGCAGCCUCAAUCUAAGGUGCUUUAUUCAC